AUGGAGGAUAAGUCUAACCCACCUGAGGUUGGAUCAGCUGAAUCAAGGAAUCCACCUGAGGUUGGAUCCGUUGAAUCGCUGGUAACUGCAUUAGGUCGUGUGGUGAUAAGUUUCCCUGGCCAAGCUGCCUGUGUGAGAUUUUCUUCCCAGGGAGCUCCAGCUGCAUCUGCUGCUCCUGCUGAGGAAAACAAGGAAGCAAUGGCUGAAGAUGAUGACGAUGAUAUGGAUCUCUUUGGUGAUGAAACCGAGGAAGAGAAGAAGGCUGCAGAUGAGAGAGAGACAGCUAAGAAGGCAUCUGAAAAGAAGAAAGAAAGAAGCUUCUGGGCAUUCUCUUCUAUUGGUGCCAUUGAAGGAAUCAACGCGAUCAAUAAGAAAGAACUCAUCACUCAGAGCAGGAGCUUGUAG